GGCUAUUGGGGAGCGUCAGCAGCGGGGCUCCCUCUCUCUUCCGCCACUUCUCUUCCUUCCUUUCCCCUUCCGUCUCCUCGUGCUGACGCGUUUUUCCUCUCGUUCUCUCUAGAAGAACAAUUUCGUUCGGCUUCCGUAUCCCGUUCGUCGUAGUUUCGUGUUAUCUCUGCGGAUUUUUCUCUUCUACUCCGCCCUGAAGAAUUCUUGAUUUCCCUUCGUUUUUUCCUGCGAAUUCUGGGUGUUCUUCUUCAAGUUCUCUCUUUGAAUUCCUUGUACAAUUGGGUUCUUAUUCCUGUUCAAUCAUCGUGAUUUCUUCCAGAAAAAGUUUUGAUUUUUCAGCGUCAGAAUUCGUUCUUGUCCUCCCGGCGACUAAAGACAGCUAUUUAGUUACCGGUAGAAUUUGGAUUACCUGGUUUGAUUUUGAUCUGAAGAGGAGGGAAGGGGGAGGCGGGUAAGGAAGAAGAAGGAGAAGGGGAGAUGAAGAGGCCCAAGUUAUCGAAGCUAGAGAGGAUGGACAAGUUCGACAUGUUCAUUUCUCUUAGCAAGCAGAGAUCGGUGCAGAUAUUAAUGACGGUCGGGCUACUGUACAUUCUUCUCGUCACGCUCGAAAUCCCCUUCGUCUUCAGAACCGGGUUCAGUUCCUUGUCUCAGGACCCGAUAACCCGACCCGAGAAGCUCGGAAGCGAGCGGGAACUGCAAGAGAGACGAUCUCCGAAUCGUCCCUUGAAGAGCCUGGUCUACCAGGAGGAAUCUGAACCGCCUUCUAGGGUUUGGGUAUCAGAUGGGAGAAGUCGCCCUCAGAUUCUGUCCGGUCUGAGAUUCGAUUACGAAACAUUCGACCCGAAUAGCAAAGAUGGGUCCGUGGAGCUCCACAAAUCCGCCAAAGUAGCUUGGGAAGUUGGUCGGAAGCUUUGGAAAGAGCUCGAGUCUGGGAAAACAGAAAAAACCGUGGAGAAGGAGAAGAAGGAGAAAUCUGAAAGACAUGGGUCGAGUUCAUGUCCGAACUCGGUCUCCUUGUCCGGAUCGGAUCUUUUGUCACGCGGGAACCUCAUGGAGCUUCCAUGCGGGCUAACACUCGGAUCACACAUCACCGUGGUGGGGAAACCACGGGCUGCUCACUCGGAAACCGACCCGAAAAUAUCAGUGUUGAAGGAAGGAGACGAAGCCGUGAAGGUUUCUCAGUUCAAACUGGAGUUGCAGGGAUUGAAAGCAGUGGAUGGGGAGGAACCGCCACGGAUCCUCCAUUUCAAUCCAAGGCUUAAGGGCGAUUGGAGCGGUAAGCCUGUGAUCGAGCAGAACUCUUGUUACCGGAUGCAAUGGGGCUUGGCGCAAAGGUGCGAAGGCUGGAGGUCUGGGGAUGAUGAAGAGACCGUUGACGGUCAGGUUAAAUGCGAGAAAUGGGUUCGAGAUAAUGAUUCUUCUAAAGAAGAGUCGAACAGGGCGGCGACAUGGUGGCUCAGUCGUCUGAUGGGUCAGACUAAAAAAGUGACUGUAGAUUGGCCUUUUCCGUUCAAGGAGGACAAGCUUUUCGUGCUUACACUCAGCGCCGGCCUUGAGGGUUAUCACGUUAGUGUUGACGGGAAACAUGUUACGUCUUUCCCUUACCGAACCGGAUUUACGCUUGAGGAUGCUACUGGGCUAACUGUUAACGGGGACAUAGACGUCCACUCGGUUUUUGCUGGUUCUCUCCCGAUGUCACACCCUAGUUUUGCUCCUCAGAAGCAUCUCGAGUUCUCGAGCAGUUGGCAGGCCCCACAUGUACUCGAUGGGCAAGUUGAUAUGUUCAUCGGCAUCCUUUCCGCGGGUCACCAUUUCGCGGAGCGGAUGGCGGUGAGGAGAUCUUGGAUGCAACAUAAACUUGUGAAAUCUUCCAAAGUAGUGGCUCGGUUCUUUGUUGCAUUGCAUUCGAGAAAGGAAGUGAACGUGGAGCUGAAAAAGGAAGCGGAAUUCUUCGGGGACGUAGUUAUAGUGCCUUACAUGGACAACUAUGACUUGGUUGUCCUGAAAACCGUAGCAAUCUGCGAAUACGGGACCCAUAGAUUCUCUGCUAAAUACAUCAUGAAAUGUGACGACGACACAUUUGUACGAGUGGAUGCCGUUCUUAGCGAAGCGACGAAAGCACCGUUGGAUCGGAGCUUAUACAUUGGCAACAUCAAUUAUUAUCAUAAGCCCCUUCGCGAGGGUAAAUGGGCUGUUACAUAUGAGGAAUGGCCGGAGGAAGACUAUCCACCGUAUGCCAAUGGCCCGGGCUACAUAUUGUCGACGGAUAUCGCAGGCUUCAUCGUGAGAGAGUUUGAGAAACACAGAUUAAGGUUGUUCAAAAUGGAAGAUGUGAGCGUGGGAAUGUGGGUGGAACAGUUCAACAACAGCACAAAGCCAGUGGAUUAUCUGCACAGCCUGAAGUUCUGUCAGUUCGGUUGCAUAGAGAACUACUUAACGGCGCAUUACCAGUCGCCGAGACAGAUGAUCUGUUUGUGGGACAAGCUGUUGAUGACGAGCAAGCCUCAUUGCUGCAGCAUGAGAUGACAAUGUUGGAUUCUCUAUGGUGACUCUUGGGAAGGGAAGCUUCUUCCAUGGCUGCUUCUGUGUUUGGCCUCAGAGAAGAUGGAGAUGGACCCAUGAUUCGUCUCGUUUUGGUGUCUGAAAACACACCGAUUUCCAAACAGAUUGAGCGCCGAAGUGUAGAUUUCUUAAAAAGAAUUCAGACGAGACAAGAACAGGGACAUGUCGGCGUUUGUCCAAGCCCUUCAUGCAAUGGCACGCAACUGAAUCUUACUUGAUGUUUGGUCGGAGAUUCACCUCAACGGCUGUCAUUAACGAAGACCAUUCUAGGCGGGUAGCCGAGUGGCGG